AUGGAGCUCCCAACGAUCAAGCAACUGAAUCUGCAAGCAAGUCCAUCCGAGAUUGUGGAAUGGGUCGAACGUUUCGAGCUGUGGUGCAGCAUUCGCAAAGGUGGUACACAGAAUCAGUCUGUCCUAUUUCUUACUGCUGGCGGCCGUGACCUGUACUCCCCGUUGAGAAAUCUGGCGUUCUCUGAAGCCCUAGCUACCAUACUAGUCCCUGAAAUCGCUGCUGCUCAACCACCUGCUGCCCACUGA